GUGUUACACCCCAGUACAUUAGGAGAGCCAAAAGUUUUUGAAAGAGCAGAGUGGAAAGCAGAGGCAGAAGAGAUGAAUUUGUUAUCAUCGCCUUCCAGUGCCGCUUCUACUUCUCUAUCACCUUCCUGUUUUCUUCCUUGCUACCCUCAUCAUGCAGGGUUCUCUUCUGGUACCUUCAAAUUCUCCAAGAAAGAGAGUAGAUGUAUAAGGAAAGCUGGAAGUAUCACUGCAAAGUUCGAGUUGAAGCCACCACCAUAUCCACUGAAUUCUUUGGAGCCAAUUAUGAGUGAGGAGACAAUCGAAUACCAUUGGGGGAAGCAUCACAGGACUUAUGUAGAUAAUCUGAACAGGCAAAUUGAUGGAACAGAUCUAGAUGGGAAUUCACUUGAGGACACUAUGGUUAUUUUGUACAAUAAGGGUGACAUUCUUCCAGCCUUCAACAAUGCAGCGCAGGCAUGGAACCAUGACUUCUUCUGGGAGUCCAUGAAACCUGGUGGUGGUGGAAGGCCAUCUGGGGAGCUUCUAAAGCUGAUUGAAAGAGACUUUGGUUCAUUAAAAAAAUUCCUUGAUGAGUUUAAGACUGCUGCUUCAGCACAAUUUGGUUCAGGAUGGGCAUGGCUUGCAUAUAAAGAAAGCAGACUUGACGUGGGAAAUGUUCUGAAUCCUCUUCAAUCUGGUGAGGACAAGAAGCUAGUUGUGGUGAAGACUCCCAAUGCUGUGAACCCCCUUGUUUGGAACUACUAUUAUCCACUCCUUACCAUUGAUGUCUGGGAGCAUGCUUACUUCAUUGACUUUCAGAAUCAGCGCCGUGAUUAUAUAUCGGUGUUCAUGGAUAAGCUUGUGUCUUGGGAUGCAGUCAGCUCAAGACUUGAGCAAGCCAAGGCUCUAAUCGAGGAGAGGGAGAGAGAGGCUGAGAGGAAAAGUAGAGAUGAAGAGAAACCGACAAGCAGUGAAGCCACUCCUGAGAUAUUUUCUGAUAGUGACGCCGACUUGGAUGCGGAAUGAGUAAAAAUAUAUUCAUAAGAUGUAAUUAGAAUUAUGUAUCCUUUGCACUAGCUAGGUGUGGUAUAGAGGCUUAAUCACUUCAAGCUGCAAAUUUUGUUCUAUGAUAAAUGUUGUAAUUUAGUGCUUCAUAGUUCAUAUUGAUGGGUUAUUCAAAAAAAAAAAAAAGUUCAUAUUGAUUGCAUAAAGUCUGAUUUUAUGGAUUGUUUUGCAAAAAACAGUUCGAUUUUGAUGUCUGAAAAAGAAAAUCUUAGUUGGGCAUUGAUAGCGGUAUCUCUCAAGCCUAUUGUAUUUCAUUGCCCCUCUUUCCUUGUAGUCAAAUGAUAUGAUCAUUUGUUGACAGAC